AGCCGAGAAAGCCUUGGCUGAGUGGCUCUUCUCGUCUCAGCACUCAAAUCUGACGUCCAUUCUAUGAUCUAUCCUUAACCCCCGUCCGUCUCUUCUCAUCCAUCCCCUGCUCCCCUUCCGAGGCCUAAGUCAUGCCCUACGACGAUGCACAACCCGCGAUGUGACAGCUUCGCAGCAGCCGUCGACCCGCUCGUGGGCGCCGCCGGCGCCGCGGCGCUGUGUGCGGUGCUGGUGCAGCGACUGCCUACUACUACCACUUCUAGCAGUAACCAAUCUGGCGAAGUCGCGUCCGAGGUCGUGUGCUGGGCAUUGCUCGGGGCCGCGAAACGAUGGGAUCUUCUUGGAUUUGGUGCCGCCGGCUCGGGAGCGAGUCUACCAGGCGCUCCUGCUACUUCUAGUAGUAGUGGUGGUGGUGUUGGUGGUGGUGCUAAGAGGCCGCGGCCGGGGUGGUCGUUGUGGGCUGUCGCUGCGGCUGUCGCGGCUGCGUGCUGUUAUCGGGCUGAGGUUGGGAUGCUUUGGUCUGUUCCGGCCUUGACUCCGCUCUUGUUAGCAGCGGACAAGCAGCUGCGGCCCGAACUGCGGACUUGGAAGGCAUUGGAAUUGCCUGCCUUGUUCUACCUGUUUGGCACGGUCUCGGGGACAGCCAUCGUCGGUCUCCUCGUCGUGCUUGCACUACCGGGCUGGACGAUAUGGGAGCUGGCGCUGUCGACCCUCCCUGUAGCUGCGCUGUGCGCCGCGUAUGCCGCCUUUAUUCCCCGGACUGUCGAGAGCCGCUUUCUGCCGUAUCUGGAUGUCGACGAAGACAUUCUGCAGCUUUCCCACCGCGUUGUAGUCAUCUCAGUGGCUGCACUGAGUGUGCAGAUCAUAUCAUUCGGUGUACCAGGUCUCAUUGACCUUGCGGUACCCACGAUAUUACUGGGGUUGGCGAAGGCAUCGGCCUGGUACUUUACAAUUCAAACAGCUCGGUCAACCUCGUGGUGUAUUGCGGGCGCAAUAGGGGCCUUCGCCCUUGUAGCCAGCCGCGACCCCUUCAUUCAGCUCUCGGAAAGCCAGGCUAUCUCUCCUGUCCUAGCCUCGACACUCGCGCUUGGCCAGUUUGUUGCCAUCCUUCCACGGCAAUUGAGAGGCAGGCCAAUCCUAUGGGCACUUAUUCUGAUAUCUCUCGGCCCCUAUCUCGCCAACUAUAUGGCCAUCACAGUCGCGGAAUCUUCGGUAGUCCGCCUACAGGAGCAUCCCGUUGAGACUCUGAUUCGGAAUGCCCAAGCGGACUUCGAACAGAUGUUACAGCGACAGUCCAAGACAUACCCGGAUGCGGUUCACGAAUACCAACGUCGAUACGGCGUAGAGCCACCGCCAGGGUUCCAGGCCUGGUAUGAGUUCGCUGCGGCAAAUCAGUCCCCGAUUAUUGACGAUUUCGACACAAUCUACUUAUCCGUAUCCCCGUUCUGGAGCAUCAGCGGCAGAGAGAUGCUCCAGAUUAUCGAUGAUGCGCACAACACACCCGACAUUGACCUGUGGCUCUGCUCCUUCUCGGGUGACACUGCCGAGACUCGCUGCACCCAUCCCAGACGUGGUUCUGACCGACACAUUGGCGACCUGUUCAACACACUCUUGGGGGAUGUCCGCGGUGUCCUGCCAAACGCCAAGUUUCUCGUCAACCACCUUGACGAGCCAAGAGUUCUGAUCCCGCCGGCAUCACUGAAAAAAAAUCCGCGAGAGUUCAAAGUCUCGGACCUUUCCGAGCGACCUACCUGGAAAGCAGUCACGAAAUACUGCGGCCUUCAAGCACAGCAACUAAGAGACUUGAGUCCGUAUACGGAUACAGAGGGGCAGCGACCGGCCGUUGAUACCCACGGGCUCCCCCUGGUGACCAACCGCUCCACAGUGCUCAACCUCUGCCAGCACCCCGAAUACGCCGGGACCCACGGCCUCUUCCAGGCGCCGCCAUCCUUCCGCCUGAUCGAGGGCCGCGUCCCCGUGCUCUCUACGGGCCGGCCCUCGACCAUGUCCGACAUCCUCUUCCCGGCCCCCGCAUACCUGGUCGAGCCCGAAUUCCGCUACAACGCCAGCGCCGACAUCCCCUGGUCGCAAAAGGCCAACCACCUCUACUGGGCGGGCUCCACCACCGGCGCCGUGUCGUCGACGCACAACAGCUGGCGCCACUUCCACCGCCAGCGCUUCAUCUCGCUCGCCCAAAACCUCGACCCGCCCGCAGAGGGACACACCUACCUCCGCGAGGUGCCCCCUUCUUCUUCUUCUUCUUCUUCUCCUUCUUCUUCUCCUCCUUCUUCCACAACCACAAACCACACCCCAUCAAUCACCCCGAUCCACUCCCGCUUCCUCAACAGCCGCCUCUACGACGUCCACCCGACACGCAUCUUCCAAUGCAGCCACCCGCUCCCCUGCCGCGAGCAGGCCUCCCACUUCCGCCACAUCGCCUGGCAGGACCGCGACGCGGCGCUGCGCGCCAGGCUGGUCUUCGACCUGGACGGCAACGGCAUCAGCGGGCGCUUCCACAAGCUGCUGGCCAGCGGGUCGCUCGUGCUCAAGCAGACGCUGCUGCGCGAGUGGCACGACGACCGCCUCGUCCCCUGGGCGCACUACAUCCCAGUCAGCGUCGGGACGAUGGCCGAGGUGCCGGAGCUGGUGCAAUGGUUUUUGGAGAGUGAUAGGGGGAAGGGGAAGGCGAGGGAGGUUGCGGAGGGGGGCAAGGAAUGGUUUGCGCGGGCGAUGAGGGAGGUGGAUGUGAAGAUUUAUUUGUGGAGGUUGAUGUUGGAGUUGGCGAGGGUUGUGGAUGAGGGACGGGAGGCUUUGGCGGAGGUGGUAGUAGAGUAGAGGGGGAUGGUGGUUGAGGAAUUUGGAGGCGGGGUGAGAGGGGGGAGGUGUGUUGUGACGGCUGUUUCUAUUUAGUACCGGGUAUUAGUAGUCGGCAGGAUUAGCGUGUUGUGUUGUCGGCGGGAUCUAGAAUUUGGAUACAAGCGCCGUUGAUGGCGCACCUGUUGGAUAACAACGGUUUUGGAAAGCAUAGGUACCUCUGACAAUCUGCGUAAUCUAACGACGGAAGUGGCUCUGUUCAGAACAACUAACGUAGGUGUAUAGCGAAAGUUACAUACAUGCGAAAGUUACACUAAAC